AAGGUGGACGCGCGUGGUCAUCUUGAAAAUGAUCUGGUUGGAGGAGAUGACGAUCAGGGUGCUUUGAACAAAAAUUAUCUCUUAAUAUCGCAAAUCUCUAAGUGAGUGUGUUGCUGUGAGACUGAACCUUACUUCGCAAUCUGAAAUGGAGAGUGCGGCACAAAGAAUAUCUAAACCCGAUGUUUUUGCACAAAGGGAUAUUAUGGAAAAGACACAUCGCGUUCGUGUUUUCUCAGCUUGUCUUGUUCAAAGACAAUACCCUUUCCGGAACAAAGGGAGAGUAUUGCCCACGCAAGGGCACGAAGAACUCGUGCUAAGCGUGUCAAUUCAAUGGCUGCUCAGUUUUGCAUUUGGCUCUAUCUAUUUCAACCUUGUUUGCAUUGACAAAGGGGGCCAGCUGUGAGAAAUUACGAAAAGUCCUGUGCAGAGUCCUAGACCUGAGAGCUGGCAGCGCAUUCGAGCUUUACAAGUAUUUUACAUUUGCCGAAAUUAGAC